AUGGGCGCCCUAACCCCCUCCCAAGUCCGCACGAUCAAAGCCACGGUUCCCGUCCUCGCCGAACACGGCAACACAAUCACAACCAGGUUCUACCACGACCUCCUAGAAGUGCACCCAGAGCUUAAGAAUGUCUUCAACAACACCCACCAAGCAACCGGACACCAGGCCCAAGCGCUCGCCGGCGCUCUUUACGCCUACGCUGCCAACAUCGAUGAUCUAGGCAAGCUCUCACCAGCCGUCGAACUGAUAUGUCACAAACACGCAUCCUUGUUCAUUCGCCCAGACCAGUACGACGUUGUCGGCAAACAUCUACUCGAGACGAUGAGCACAGUGUUGGGUGAAGCCGCGACACCCGAAAUUCUAGAAGCAUGGGGAGCGGCGUACUGGCAACUAGCCAACCUGAUGAUUGGCAAAGAAGAUGAAAUGUAUAAACAGACGGCCUACUGGCCUGACUGGAAAGACUUUUCUAUUGCUAAGAAAGAAAAGGAGAGUGAUGAGAUUACAAGUUUCUAUCUCGAGCCAGUGGACAAGGAGUUCAAGUUACCGAUGUACAAGCCGGGACAGUACAUCUCAGUCAAUGUAUUCGUGGAAGAGCUAGAUGGUGGCGUGUGGCAGGCGCGACAGUAUAGUCUGAGCGACGCGCCGGGCAAGAAGUAUUUGAGGAUAAGUGUCAAGAGAGAGCCAGGGAUUGAGGUGGGAGAGAAGAAACACAUGACGCAUGCGGGUUAUAUAUCGAAUCUGCUGCAUGACAUGAAGAACGAGGGGGAUGUAAUCAAGGUCUCGCACCCAUUCGGAGAUUUCUUCUUCGACAAGGACGAGGUGGAUGCGGAUGCACCUGUCGUGCUCAUUUCAGCAGGCGUCGGUUUGACUGCCUUGACAUCCAUCUUCAACUCGCUGACGAGCGAGAAGUCGAAUCGCCCGAUAACCUGGAUUCAAGGCGCACGUAACUCGGCCACACGCGCGUUCAAAGCCCACUUCGACCAAUGCGCUGCUGCAAAUGAGAACGUGCAUGCCGUGUACUACUCGUCAAGUCCAAGCGAAGGGGAAGUUCAGGGUCGCGACUACACCAUACAAGGUCGCGUCGAUCUAGACAAGAUUGACAGGCAACACCUGCAUGCGGACAGUGGCAAGACAGUGUACUACUGUUGUGGACCCACACGAUUCAUGCUCGACGUUGAGGCCAAGUUGAAGAGCUAUGGCGUGCCGAGUGAACGGGUGAAGAUGGAGUUGUUCGGUACCGGCGGAGUACCGAGGGUCUAG